AUGUCUAAAGAAAGAAUAAUUGCCAUGAUUUGUGCUAAUGCAUCGGGCACGGUAAAACGGAAAUUAUUGGUUAUUGGAAAAUAUAACAACCCCAGAUGCUUUAAAAACGUUAAAACGUUGCCGGUAGAUUAUUGUGCUAACAACAAAUCCUGGAUGACUUCUCAGACCUUUACUGACUAUUUAAAGAAAUGGGAUUGUGAACUUAUAAAAGCCAAGACUAAAAUUUUGCUAUUACCCAUGGAUCAAGGCGUCAUUAAUAGCUUGAAACAAUCUUAUAGAAAGCAGCUUCUGAUGAAAAUUAUGGACCUUCCUGAAGAAGCCAACCCGACAAAAGGUGUGAGUCUUUUAGAUGUUGUCAGUAUGUUAAGUGUUGAAUGGGAAAGUGUCUCUAAGGAAACCAUAAGAAACUGUUUUCGACAUGCUGGUCUGGUAAAAGACAUUCCUGAUGGAUUAGAUUUCGACCCGGAGGACGAUGAACCUUUAAGCAAAAUUAUCGAUAUUAAUAAAGUAGUGGUUUUAAGCAAGUUUGAUGAAUAUUCAAGGAUUGACGAGAAUAUAAUAGCCACAGAAGAGCACUCAGACAAUGACUUAAUUCAAGACUUUCUGCAUGAGCUGCUUGAAGAAGACUCCGGUGAUGAAGAUUUAGCACUCCCCGAAACUAUAAUGAAAAUAGAAGACGCUAUGAAUUAUUCUAGGAAACUGAAGCUAUAUUCUCAACAAAAAGAGAAUAGUUCAGAUGCAAUCAAUUUGCUCAAUAAACUCGAAAUCAAACUACAAAAAGAUUUUGCCAAUAAGGCAUUCACCCAAAAGAAAAUCACAGACUUUUUUCAAAAGACUUAA